AUGGCCGAGAAGAUCGACGACAGCGGCGUGAGGCCCGCCCCUGGAGCCGAUGCCGACUACAUGGAUGCGCCGGCCGAGAGCAAGGCGCACCAGCAAGUCAUCGACCAUGCCCGCGCCGCCGCUGCAAAGGAGCAGUCCAUGACCCUGAUGGAGGGCAUCCGUCUUUACCCAAAGGCCAUCUUCUUCAGCUUCAUCAUCUCCUCCACCAUCAUCAUGGAGGGCUACGACAUCAGUCUCAUCAACAACUUUUACGCUUUCAGCACCUUCAACCAGAAGUACGGUAAGCAGCUCGACGACGGCACCUGGGAGAUCCCCGCCGCCUGGCAGGCCGGCCUCAGCAACGGCGCCUACUGCGGCGAGAUUGUCGGCUUGUUCUUCUGUGGCUGGAUCGCAGAGCGCUUUGGCUACCGAUGGACCCUCAUCGGCUCCCUGGCCUGGCUGACGGUCUUCAUCACGCUCUUCUUCAUGGCCGAGAAUGUCGAGACGCUGCUGGCGGCCGAGAUCCUGUGCGGCAUCCCCUGGGGCGUCUUCCAGACCAUCACCAUAUCCUACGCCAGUGAGAUCUGCCCCGUCGCCCUGCGCGGGUACCUGACCACCUACGUCAACGCGUGCUGGGGUAUCGGUCAACUCAUCGGUGUUGGCGUCAUCUACUCCAUGCUGGACCGCACCGACCAGUGGGCCUACCGCAUCCCCUACGGUCUCCAGUGGAUGUGGCCCCUUCCCCUGGCCAUUGGCAUCUUCUGCGCGCCCGAGUCUCCCUGGUGGCUUGUCCGCAAGGGCCGUGUCGAUGACGCCAAAAAGUCCCUCCUGCGCCUGACCUCGAGGAACCACCCCAACUUUGAUGCCGACGAGACCAUUGGCAUGAUGGUGCACACAACCGCCCUCGAGGAGAAGAUCACCGCCGGCGCCUCGUACCUCGACUGCUUCAAGGGCGUCGAUCUGCGCCGCACCGAGAUUGUCUGCAUGGUGUGGGCCGCGCAGAACCUCUCGGGCAACACCUUUAGCAACUACUCGAGCUACUUCCUCAAGCAGGCCGGUCUGUCGGAGCGCAACUCGUACGCCUUCGCCAUGGGCCAGUACUCCAUCAACAUCGUCGGCGUCUUUGGUGCCUGGGGCCUCAUGACCGUCGGGCUCGGUCGUCGCUCGCUCUUCCUCUACGGUCUCUGCCUGCUGUUCUCCAUGCUCCUAAUCCUCGGUUUCCUGGGCCUCGUCCCGGAGAGGAACCGCGACAAGGGUGCGCUGGCCACGGGUAGCAUCAUGGUCUCCUGGGCGUUGUUCUACCAGCUGACCGUCGGCACUAUCACGUACUCGCUCGUGGCGGAGCUGUCGUCGCGUCGCCUGCAGAUCAAGACCAUUGUCUUGGGUCGCAAUCUCUACCUCAUCAUCGCCAUUGUGACCGGUGUCCUGACGCCCUACAUGCUCAACCCCGAGGAGUGGGACUGGGCCAACUAUGCCGGCUUCUUCUGGGCCGGCCUCUGCUUCUGCUGCAUCGUCUACGUGUACUUCCGCCUCCCCGAGCCCAAGGGCCGCACCUACGCCGAGCUGGACGUGCUCUUUGAGCAGGGUGUCUCGGCGCGCAAGUUCUCGACGACGAGCGUCGACGUCUACCACGAGCACGUCGAGGACAAUGUGAUGAACCAGUUCACAAAGGUCAAGGCCACAGACGCCAAUGCGUAG